CUCUUGUUAGUCAAACUAAUCACAAUUGCUGGAUUGUAAAUUUCCUGGACUGGCGCUUCGGCAGCUGACCUUUCGUUACUGGCACUCGUUUGCACCCGAAGCAUUUUGAGUACGUAUGCAUUGCUGCAUGUAGUACAUAGAAGAAGCUGUGUAGCUUGUAUCGCUCAUUAGCCGGCCAAAUUCUCGCCAUGCGCACCGGUCUCCUCGGCCGGCCUCCUCUCAGCGCGCAAAGCAACAGCGGGCAUGGCUACGGCUAUGGCUAUGCAGCUGUCAGCCAGGGACCUCGCCCGGCGUCACGCGUGCUGCUGCCUGUUCGCUCAGGCACUACGGUGCCCAGGGCUUUCGCGGGCCCCAGCGCAGCGCGCGUUGCCGCGCCUGCCCCGGCGCUGCGCUCCUCCUCCACCUGGAGCGGCUCGGAGGCGGUGCUCGGUGGCAUCCGGCGCCUGGCCCCCGCCACCCCUCCCACGUCUCGCCGGCAGGUUGUGCAGACUGCUGCUGCCGGCAGUGGCGCAGCGGCGGGCGGUGCAAACAGCGGCGGCCGCGGCAGCGGCCGUGGCUAUCGUGGCAGCGGCACAGGCCGCGGCGGGGGGAGCCGGGGCCGGGGCUCCCCACCCGCAGACAACCAGACCCUGGAGGAGCUGCGCGCAGUCGUCAAUGGCCAGCUGCCUGGCUGGGUGGCGAGGAAGGACAAUGCCAGCAUAUGGAGGGCGUUCAACAAGGCCGCAAAGCUUCGCUCGGGCGACGGAGGCGCCGCCACGGCAGCCCGCAUCCGCUCCGGCAUCAUUGCUGACCUCUCAGCCGCCUAUCUGCCGCUCGGGCCGGCAGUUUGCGCUGCUGUCGAGUGCAGCAUUCCGCUGUGGGCGAUGGCCAAAGUCGGGAUCAGCGGGCAGGGAAAGGAGGCACAGCUGGCGGCAGCGCUGCUGGAGCGGCUGCUAGACCCGGCAGUCCUGUCGACGGCAACCCCCAUGGACCUUUCUCUUGCGCUGUACGCGCUGGGCAAGCUGCGUGAGGACUGGCAGCAGAACGGCGAAGGGUGGGAUCAAAGCCUUGGCAAACUGGCGGAUGCGAUAAAGGCCAGGCUCACGGCGGCAGUCGGGCACGGCUUCAACGCGCAGGACGUGUCCAACGCCCUGUGGGCGUGCGCCAAGCUGGGGCUCGCGGACGCAGAACUGCUGCAGCGACUGGCGCAGGCGGGCGCGGCAGCUGCGGGUAACAUGACGCCACAGGCGCUCAGCAACAGCCUCUGGGCUCUUGAGGCUCUUGGGUGCACAGGGCCAGCAUAUCGGUCAGCAAUUGCGGCGCUGUGCGGGGAAGCAUUUCGGCGGCUGCGGACACCGGAGCUUGCUGCAGCGUUCGCCCCGCAGCAUCUUUCCAACAUCCUGCUGGCGCUGGAGGGGCUGCAGCUGGGCAGAGAGAAAGCACAGCUGGUGGCAGCAGUCGCGGCAGAUGGCGUGCGGCGGGGCUUUGCCGGUUUUAAACCACAGGAGCUCAGCAACUCGGCCUGGGCCCUUGCCAAGAUGGGUUUUGGGGCGGGCCCGGAGGCACCGGAGGAGCAGCGUCAGUGGGUGUCAGCCGCGGUGGACGCAGCGAUGCGGCCAGGCACAAUGGCAACAGCAACACCACAGGCUUGGGCCAACCUGCUGUACGCGCUUGCGUUGAUGCGCCACCAGCCGCCGCCGGCACUGCUGCAAAAUGCGGGAGCAGCAGCGGCCAUGCUGUCAAGUGGCAGUGGCCAGAACUGUGCAAACACGCUGUACGCGCUGGCGGUGCUGCAACUGCGGCACGCCGGCUUGGAGGCGGCGGUGUGCGGCCGGCUGCGCGAGCUGCUGCGGGGCGACAGGCAGGCGCUAAACAACCAGGAGGUGUCCAACACCCUGUGGGCCAUGGCGGUGCUCGGGGGCACAUCUUCUCCUGGCAUGCAGCAGCUAGCAAUCCAGCUGGCCCGUAACGCAGCGGGCCGCUGGGAGGGAUUAAUACAUGAGGACCUCUCACAGUUGUGGCAGGCGCAGCAGGAGCUAGGCGGCGAGGUGGCGGAAACCCUGUGUGGCAUCAGCAGUCUGCAGGCGGCGAUGGAUAAGUCAGUGGAGACGUACAGGCAAGAUACCAAACGCCUGUCUGAAACCCAUAAGCAGCUCCUCGCAGCGCUGCGGCGGCUUGAGCAGCACCAGGGGCGUGAGGCAGCAGGAGGCUUUGCCGUCGUGUCCGUGCAGGCGGGCGUUGUCGCGCCAGGCGUGUUGGCGGCAGUGGAUGCGGUGGUGCGUCUGAAUGACGGGCGGCAGGUGGCGGUGGAGCUUGCAGGAGCGGUAAGCUUUCUCGCCAACCUACGGCAGCGCGACACCGCCGCUGUAAACGGCGGCGCGGCCAUGCGCCAUCGGCAGCUGCGGCGGGCGUUUGGGGAGGGCGGCGUGCUACUGGUGCCGUACUGGGAAUGGGACCGACUGCAAACUGCCGAGGAGCAAGAGGCCUACCUGCUGCGCCGGCUGCAGAAGGUGGUGGUGAUGGCAGCUGAACCGCAGGCAGCGGAGGCAGCCACCGCGGGGGCAGGGAGGGCAGCAGCGGGAGCGCCAGUCCGCACCACGGGCGCUACUGCGUCGGUUGUGAGCCCCAGCAGCAACAAUAGCAACAGCAGCCGCGGCAGCCCCGGCGGCGGCAGCCCCGGCCGUUCCCGGCCGCUGGCGCGGUCCCCCCGGCGCGUGUGAGUAACGGGCGGCGGAGGUGGCGGCUGCGCCCCCCGUGAGUGGAUGCGCCGCCGAGAAGGAAGCUGCGAGUGACAAGAAGGAUCGAGGUCUAACAACUUGCGUUUUAGAGGUCGGUUGCGCGCUUACGUUAGUUGGAAAGAAGGGAACUGGCAGCAGGUUGUGUCCAACCAAGGACAGUGGGUGCGGGUUGGGUGAGUGAAGCCUUUCAAUUUGUUGUGUAUGAGCAUGUGUUUCCGUUUACAGCUUUACAGGUGGCUGCCCGUCUGCCUUUGAAUGCGUUUUGAGGUGGGCAGGUUUGUGCUUUCGUUCGGGUCCCUGCCGACUGUGGAUACGAGCGGCCUUGGCUGUACGAGCGGCCUUGGGCGUGACCGGUGUAUCAACGCAACACUGGAACCAGAAAGCUGUCGUAUGACGUCUGUGGAGGGUACUGUUACCGCCCUUAUUAUAUGGGUAUGCCACUCCCGCACUCGUGUGCCCCUGCCCCUGGACUUCUUCUCCGCGUCCCUUCCCGCGGGCGGAACGUGCGUGGGGUGCGUGGCCAGCAUGGGGGCCGGGCUAUCAGUAGCUAGCGUUUUAUGAGGUUACAUGGACUGACUUUGUACAGCGACUUGAUACUCCCUAACAGCAGAACGAAUCAAUUGGAACUUCUGGGUGCCAUGGCUGCUGGGAUAGUGCAUGCGUUGGAGUUUGGCAGACGCCAUAAACGACACAAGCAAGAUGUGCUUGUUGAGAAGAAA